AUGUCGAAGGAGCAGGCCAAAAGUACGCCGUUAUUUCCACGAUUCCUUCUUCCCUCUUCCUCCCACGCAAAAAGCGGAGGGUUCUCCCCAACCCCGAGCUUCCGGGACCACACCGACAAGUACUUGGAUGGCCAUCUCUCUUACCUCCGCUGCUCUGAGUGUUCAGUACACCUCUGUCUGACGUCUCAAAUCAUCAGCAAAGGCUUCACGGGUCGUCAUGGUCGUGCAUAUCUUGUAUCAGCAGAGCCGGUAGCGAGCGCAGUCUCAGUCAGCCCAUCUUCGUCCACCACAAUCUCUCUGCCCAAUACCAUCUUACAGCGUCCGGUACCCCGCCAACUAGUCACGGGAGCACACACAGUGAGCGAUGUCGGUUGCGCAUUUUGUGGGAGUAUUCUGGGAUGGAAGUAUGUUGCUGCCGAAGAGGAAUCGCAACGAUACAAGGUGGGCAAGUUUAUUCUGGAGACCAAGAAAAUCACAACAUCCUCGUGCUGGGAGUCCCCACCAGAAGUCAAAGCCCCCACACCAGAGAAGGCCGAUUCGCAUGAGAAUAUGCUAGAAAGCCCGGAGCUUGAGUUUGAUAGCCAGGAUGAAGAUGAGUGUGAGGAUUUAUUCGCUGGUAUCUGGAGCCCUGGCCUGGCCAGCCGUCGCAGAUGUCGCAAGAUGGAACGAAGGCCUGCGAUGUUUGGUCUAUCAUGA